GUAAAACCUGCGCGUGACGUCAGCGGAAGCGGCGGCGCCGCCGCGAUCACGUGAUUCCGACGGGACCCGCGAUGGCGGCGGAGUGGCUGCUGCUGGCGCUGGCGCUGGCGCUGCCCCCCGAGCGCCCCCUGGCGGCCGAGCCGCGCAAGGUGCAGAUCGGGGUGAGGCGGCGGCCGGAGCGCUGCGGGGAGCGGAGCCGGCGGGGGGACGUGCUGACCCUGCACUACGAGGGCACGCUGGAGGACGGGACCCCCUUCGACAGCAGCCUGAGCCGGGAGCAGCCGUUCGUGUUCUCACUGGGAACUGGGCAGGUCAUCAAGGGCUGGGACCAGGGGCUGCUGGGGAUGUGCGAGGGGGAGAAGAGGAAACUCGUGAUCCCCCCAGAGCUGGGUUAUGGGGACCGAGGGGCCCCCCCCAAAAUCCCAGGGGGGGCUGUGCUGAUUUUCGAGGUGGAGCUGCUGAAGAUCGAGCGGCGCCCGGAGCUUUAGGGGGACCCCAAAACCUCCAGAAUUUCCCCCAAAUUCCCCCCUAAAACUCGAGAUUUUGGGGUCCCCCCCCAUUUUUUUUUGUGGGACCUUUUGUGGAGAAACCCCCAAAUUUUGGGGUCAAUAAAGGGUUAAACCAAAA